GAAAGAGUGGGAGAGAAAUAGAGAGUGGGAGAGAAAGAGAGACUGAGAGAGAAAGAGAGAGUGAGGGGGGAAGAGAGAGAAAGAGAGAGAGAGUGCGGGGCCGCCAUCGCCAUCCACUCCUUCACUCACUCACUCAGAUUUUAUCCUGAUGUAUAGCACUUGAGACAAGCAAUAAUGGCAAAAAGAAAAGUUGCUUCUAAAGCAUCGAACUUGCAGGCUUCUAAAGCUGCAAGAUCUAAAAAAGAUGAACGAAAUCAAGCAAAAAAAGGAAAGCCAAAGCCAAACACUAAAGCCAAAUUGUCAGAUCAAAGGAAGCUACAGUUUUCCCCAGACCUAUCCAGCAUUUUAAGAAAUUCAGAAAGUCAAGAAGAUGAUGAACAAAAUGAUGUUUAUGAUAACCCAUUGCACAGCACAGCCGUGUUUUCUGGUGAUUUGGAAGAGAAUGACGAAAAUGAUAAAGGGGAUGAAUAUCUUGCACCAAGUUAUGGACGUGAGAAGCCUAUUCGGCAGCCUGGUGAAAAAGUCACGAAUAAAAAAGGGCUUGGCCUCCUUGCUCGCAUAUCUGAAGGUGUGGGAGGAACGGAAAGAGAGAUGGACACAGAAGAUAACAGUGAGGAAUCAAAUGAGAGUAGUUUGGAAACUGCUAAAAAGUCGGAGCUUGAGAGAAAGACGGUGAAAAACGCAUCCAGUUCACGGGCCAGAAAAGCCUCCAAGCUGUCUAAGAACGUACCAGCGAGAAAAAGUGCAGGAAAAAUCACCAGUGAUGGGAACCCUGGAGUUCAGCAGAGGGCUGUUAGUGCUGGUGCUAGAAAGAGAUCAUUGGGUAAUACUCGUGCAUCUAUUUCAACACACAAAAAACGAAGGAAGCAGCAAGAGGGUUCAUCAUCAGACUCCAGAAGGGUCUCUCCCCUGACAGAACCUUGCAUGGAAAUUUCCCCGAGGAAUAAAGAUGAAACCUCUGGAAAGAAAAAAAAGAAAACCCUAGCCAGAACAUCAAGUGAAUCUGAUGCCUCUCCUGUUCCGUCUACAUCGAGACCUGCUACUCCAGAAGAUGGACCUUUAACCAUGAAAAUCUGGUGCCCUGAAGGCAUCAAGAGGUCAUCAAAAGAUGUCACUGAACUGGAUGUAGUCCUCAAUGAUUUUGAGCAGAUUGUUCAAGAAUAUCAGAAGUCUGUGAAAUCUGUCAUUUGCCAAAAAGUAGUCAACAAAUUCUUCAUGAAUUUUAAGGAGCAAGUCAUUGAAACUCUAAAUCAAGUACAAGAUGUGAAGAACAUGGAAAGAAGAAACGCAAAGGUGACAGCAACCUUCAACAAGACAAGGAAGCACUUCCUAGUUGCUCAAAAGGAAUUAAAUGAGCAGGAAGUUGAACUUAAACGCUUGCAGAAGGAACAUUCAGAACUGAGCCAAAAGAAAGCAGAUUUGCAGAGCGUGAAGCAGUUUCUGUCUGGUUUUAAACAAAUGCACACACAGUACAUUGAACACAGGAAUCAAAACCCAAGUGAGGAAGAAACGUACGAUAUUUCCAGCUUUCCGGCCCUUCUGUUGGAAGCACGAGGAAUUCUGGGAGCUGAGAAACAGCUUCACAUAAUAAACACAAAAUUAGAACAGUCACUGGCCAAGAAGUGAACUGCAUUUUACCAGAGAACUUCAAAACAGUUGCAGUAUAGAAAAUGAGUGGGGUUACCCAGUCAUUUGUGUACCUUUAUUUAAUUGAUUGAAUGCAAUGCAUCUAACCUUAUAAUGAAUACUUUUCUAUAGUGGCUGUAAAAACACUUUGAGGUGGACCGAGUUGACAAGCUUUUUAGAUCCUCUAACCAAUUAAUGAUAACUGCAUGUGUUGGAAAGAACUGCAGACGCUGGUUUACACUGAAGAUAGACAUGAAAUGCUGAAGUAACUCAGUGGGACAGGCAGUAUCCGUGGAGAGAAGGAAUGGGUGACGUU